AUGGCAUCCAAAUCCUCUAGCAAUAUCACUUCACAAGAUCAAGGUGAUUCUUCCCACACUAAAAAUGUGUGGAACAAGAAGGAGAAUGAGCAAGAUCAAUCCUCAAACUCUAAUUCCAAUAAGUCAAUUGAUUUCGUCAAGCUAUCGAAAGAGGAUUCGGUUUUCAGGUCGAAGGUGCAUGAGUAUGAAUUUUUUAGCCCUAUUCAAGUUGGUUCAUCAUCUUGUCCCGCUAACAACAACGAAGGGGAAAAUGAGAACAAUGAGAAGAAUUCAGAGUCAAAGUCUUUUUCAUGUCACUUUUGCAAGAGACAAUUUUCUACUUUACAAGCGUUAGGAGGACAUCAAAAUGCUCAUAAGGCAGAACGUGCAUUAGAAAAGCAACGGAGACAAAAGUAUGAUGAUGGUGCUUCAAGUUUAGGGCAACCUCGCUUUAACCCUUAUUUUAGUUAUCCUAGUACUCUUUUUCCACCUUAUAAUUAUAGGGCACUUGGGGUUAGAAUGGAGUCGAUGAUUCGAAAACCAGCUUAUUUUAACCCUAAGGUUAUCCACAAUAGUUUUGGGUAUGGUCAUAAUGCUAUAUGUUUGCAAGAGACAUUACACCCUUCUCUUGUUAGCAUGAAAAAUAAUAUUAAGGGUGGUAAUAGUAGGGCUGGAAUUCUAAGUAUUAAUGGUGGUGCAACUACAUCAAGGAUUGAAGAUGGUGCAAAUAAUAAAAUUGGUGCUAUUCUAAAAUUUGGAGAUUCUUCUACAAGUUCAAACUCAAACAUAGACAAGAAUGAUAUUCAACAAUCAAAGUUCAACAUUGAAGAACAACCCUCCAAUUGUGAAUCUUCUGAGCUUGAUUUGUCCCUUAAGCUUUAA